UUUUACCAAGUUUAUCUUAUAUUAUGCAGAUUCGCCUUUACAAGUUAUUUCCAGGCCAACCUAUGUGCUGAUAUCAACACCACGACGGCUAACAUAACACUGCUGAGAAAAUGGGUUGACGAGAAAAAGCAAAUAAAUAAGUUGAAAGCCGAUCGCUUGGCCGCAAUAGAACAAAUGAUCGUCUCAACUGCAAGGCAUGCCAACAAAGUGUUGUCGUACUACGAUAAGCACGACGCAAAUGAGCUAACUAUGCAGAGGAGACGAGAAUAUAAAGAAGCUAAAGUGGGCGAAAUGAAUAGAAAUGUUUUUCUACUGCGCAAAGCUUUAUGCGGGUCAUUAUUCUCGAUUUUCCCGGUCUCAGAGGUCAUUGCUCAGAGUGUACGACCACAGGGUAGCACUGAUCAGCCUGAUGAGAACACAAAUGGAAAGUGGACGAUGGUUGGUGGUCACCAAAUCGAGGAAGGGCCGAUGAUAAAAGUACGUGACAACUACCUGUCGGACGCAGCACGUGAGAGGCUUGGAGACGCGUUGUCCGAUUCACUUCUUAACCUUACCACCGAUCUACGCUCCCCAUUUGCUGCUUUCCUAUUAUCUUUACAACUCGUAUGCAAUAUAGCCAGGAUUUUUGACUUCCGACUGCCUUAUCUGUUGACCUAUCGUGAUGUUGCUUUGAGAGAGCGGUGGAGUCGUGAACUCCUCGAUAAUGACUGGUUCAAAUUCUGUCAGUCAGUGCUGUCACUAGGUCUUCAUUUGGGAAUGCCACCGGAAAAUCUUCACUUCAACUAUCCUCAUUCGAAUAUCAUUGAACAAGCACGAUUCGUUCUUGAAGGAGUUGUUGCUCCUAAGAUUAACGAAAACUUGGCUCGAGUAAAUGUCCACGAUAGAGAAUUGAUUUCUGAAUGGGAUAUUUGCGAAGAUCUCGACAUGUGA